AUGGCGGACGCACAAGAUUUGAAGCACAUGAUUAUGAGCUUCCGUGUGUCGGAGCUUCAAGUCUUACUUGGUUUUGCUGGAAAAAGUAAAAGUGGGCGUAAACAAGAACUACUCCAGAGAGCAUUAGGUUUGGUCUCCAGAGUUUGUUCGAUACCUGUUCAAAUAAAAAUACGGGAGCUAUACAGUUUUUUUCUUUUUGUUUUUUUUGUUUUUUUUUCUUCCUUUCUUUUUUUUAUGUUUUUUAUUUCUUCCUUUCUGUUUUAUUCCUUCUUCCCUUUUUUUUCUGUUUUAUUCCUUCUUCCCUUUUUUUUCUGUUUUAUUCCUUCUUCCCUUUUUUUUCUGUUUUAUUCCUUCUUCCAUUUUUUUUUUUUCUGUUUUAUUCCUUCUUUUUUUUUUUUCUGUUUUAUUCCUUCUUUUUUUUUUUCUGUUUUAUUCCUUCUUCCCUUUUUUUUUUUUUCUGUUUUAUUCCUUCUUUUUUUUUUUUUCUGUUUUAUUCCUUCUUCCUUUUUUUUUUUCUGUUUUAUUCCUUCUUCCUUUUUUUUCUGUUUUAUUCCUUCUUCCUUUUUUUUUCUGUUUUAUUCCUUCUUCCCUUUUUUUUUCUGUUUUAUUCCUUUUUUUUCUUUUUUUCUGCCAUGUUUUAUUCCUUCUUUUUUUUUUUCUGUUUUAUUCCUUCUUCCUUUUUUUUCUGUUUUAUUCCUUCUUCCUUUUUUUUGUUUUUUCCUUCUUCCCUUUUUUUUUUUUUUUUUUUUAUUCCUUCUUUUUUUUUUUCUGUUUUAUUCCUUCUUCCUUUUUUUUUUCUGUUUUAUUCCUUCUUUUUUUUUUCUGUUUUAUUCCUUCUUCCCUUUUUUUUUCUGUUUUAUUCCUUCUUUUUUUUCUGUUUUAUUCCUUCUGUUUUUCCUUUUUUUUUUCUGUUUUUUUAUUCCUUUUUUUUUCUGUUUCUGUUUUAUUCCUUCUUCCCUUUUUUUUCUGUUUUAUUCCUUCUUCCCUUUUUUUCUGUUUUAUUCCUUCUUCCCUUUUUUUUCUGUUUUAUUCCUUCUUCCCUUUUUUUUCUGUUUUAUUCCUUCUUCCCUUUUUUUUCUGUUUUAUUCCUUCUUCCCUUUUUUUUCUGUUUUAUUCCUUCUUCCCUUUUUUUUCUGUUUUAUUCUUCUUCUUUUUUUUUUUUUCUGUUUUAUUCCUUCUUCCCUUUUUUUUCUGUUUUAUUCUUCUUCUUUUUUUUUUUCUGAAUUUUUUUCCUUCUUCCCUUUUUUUCUGUUUUAUUCCUUCCCUUUUUUUUUCUGUUUUAUUCUCUUCCUUUUAUUCCUGUUUUAUUCCUUUUUUCUGUUUUAUUCCUUCUUCCCUUUUUUUUCUGUUUUAUUCCUUCUUCCCUUUUUUUUCUGUUUUAUUCCUUCUUCCUUUUUUUUUCUGUUUUAUUCCUUCUUCCCUUUUUUUUCUGUUUUAUUCCUUCUUCCCUUUUUUUUCUGUUUUAUUCCUUCUUUCUAUGAUAUUUUAUCCACUGAAAGAUUUAUCAUAAUGGCCGAGUUUAAAUUUAGUGUUGUGCAUUAUUGA